UGCCUUUCUGCUAGAAAAAACAAGGAAAAUAGAGGGUUCUUCAAAGUUCAAACCAGAAGCCGCCUUCCCAAACACAACGGCGAAAUCGGUAAGUAUGUUGCCGUCGCCGAUAAAAUGAAAUGGACUUGCUUGGGAGCCAAGCGUCUAGAAGCAAAAUCUUUGCUGAUAAAGUCUCGGUAUAGCGCUCUACUCACUACAUUUCCCCCAAAACUCCAAUGGCUGCUCCAACUACCGCUUCGCCAGUAUCGAAACUACCCGGCAGCCGGUGGAGAAUGCGUCGUCGAGACGAGAACGGAGGCCUUACAUGCUCGGGCUGUUAAAGGCGGCCCCUUUUGCUGCAUUAGUGAUUCUUCAAUUUCAAUCAACUAUCUUUUGAUUCUUUACUCGAAGUCUGCAGAUUUCACCAAUGCACACAAGCUGUUCGAUGAAAUUCUCGACAGAGACGUGCGCACUUGGACCAUCCUGAUCUCGGGUUACGCUCGAAAUGGGGCGCACAAGGAUGUUAUGGAAUGGUUUCGGAGGAUGCAACUUGAGGGUGUUAGGCCGAAUCAAUUUACUCUGUCGACCGUUUUGAAGUCCUUAUGUAGUUUGUAUGAGGUAAAAGCCGGGAAAGGAAUUCAUGGUUGGAUUUUGAGAAAUGGGGUUGUCUUCGAUGUUGUGCUGGCGAAUUCAAUUCUUGAUCUUUACGUUAAAAGUGGAGCUUUCAGCUACGCGGAAAGGUUGUUUGGGGUAAUGCCGGGGAAAGAUACAGUGUCGUGGAAUAUAAUGAUGGGUGCCUAUUUGCAUCUUGGGGAGGCAAGAAAGUCUCUUGAAUUGUUUGAUAGUUUGCAGACUAAGGACGUUGCAAGUUGGAAUACCAUUGUAGACGGUCUAAUAAGAUGUGGGUGCGAAAGCAUUGCCUUGGAAGUUCUUUAUAGGAUGGCAGGGCAUGGACCUGAAUUCAAUGCUAUAACAUUCUCUAUAGGAUUGAACUUGGCUUCCUGUUUAUCAGUUUUGCAACUGGGGAAGCAAAUUCAUGGCAAGGUUCAAAGACGUGGGAUAGAUGACAGUGGCUUCAUAACGAGUUCGCUUAUAGAUAUGUAUUGCAAAUGUGGGGAGUUGAGAUUGGCUUCUGUGAUAUUUGAACAAAUGUGCUACGGUUUCCCCCCAGUGGAUGCAAUGGCAAGGAGAGUUUCAUGGAGCUCGAUGGUGUCUGGGUAUGUAAAGAAGCGUGAGUACAUCUGUGCUUUCCAGAUGUUUAAGUCCAUGUUUGAGAAAAAUGUUGAGGUGGACAUUUAUACACUCACAAGCAUCAUUUCUACCUGUGCUGCUACUGGCAAUUUGGAGCUGGGGAGACAGAUCGAUGCCCAUGUUCAAAAAGUUGGGCAUAAAGUGGAUGCUCACCUAACUUCAUCAUUCAUCGACAUGUACUCCAAGUGUGGAUGUCUGAACGAUGCUAUACACAAGUUCAAUGAAAGCAACAAUGAUAUGAAUGUUGUGAUCUGGACUUCGAUGAUAUAUGGGUUUGGCUUACACGGACGUGGGAUGGAAGCUGUUAGACUCUUCGACCUCAUGUUAAAAGACAGUAGCAUCGCUCCAAAUCUUAUUGCAUUUCUGGCUGUUUUAAAUGCUUGCUGCCAUAACGGGUUGUUUGAACAUGGUAUUGGAUAUUUUGAGUCGAUGCAAAAAGUUUACGGCUUGAAUCCAGGUGUUGAACACUACACUUGCAUGGUCGAUCUCUAUGGUCGAGCAGGUCGCUUCGAUGAGGCAAAGAGAUUCAUCGCUGAAAAUGGCAUCUCACAUCUCUCUGCAGUCUGGAAGUCACUUUUGUCAUCCUGCAGGCUCCAGAAAAAUGCUGAGAUGGGAAAAUGGGCCUGUGAGAGACUACUCGAACUGGAGCCACUUGAUCCAGGUUCUUAUGUUCUUUGUUCAAGCAUGUUCUCUGCCGAUGAUCAUUGGGAAGAGGCAGCCGAAGCAAGGAGUUUGAUGCUCCAGAGAACUGUUAACAAAGUCCCUGGUCAGUCUUGGAUCUUACUGAAAGAUCCAUUGCCAUGAGAAGUACAUCAAACACCAUGAAUGAGCAGCUGAAAGGUACGUCUGCAGUGAAAAGCUUUCUGUGGUGUGUAUUAUUGCUGCGCAGACUGCAGGGUAAGUCCUGUGGAUUCAUGAUUGGGCCUCCUACUAACCGAAAACGCCAUUUAAUCCUUCUGAUUAUUACAGGUUAAUGAUCCAUACAUACAUAUAAUAUAAUGAGAAACUUAAAGAUGGAGCUUGCUUGGUUUGAAUGGGCAAGAGGAGGAAAUGUUGGUUUUCCAGCUUGGUAUGGAUCAACCUCAACAAACUAAACAAACCCACUGUCGAUGGCUUCUCUGCUUUGCUGUUGAGAAGAAACCAAACGUUCCAACGCAAGAAAGCUGGUGCCUUUUUUUUGGUUUCUGGUGAUUAAUGACUCGCCGUCAUUACUGAUUACAGAACUCAUACUGCACGGUCAAAAGGUAAGAGAGAUCGCUUUCGAAAUCAAAGUUAUCCUAAGAUGCUCUGUUUUUUGUUGUUUUGUAUUUUGGUCUAUCAUUCUUCUGGCCUUGAGAAUCAUGUAAGUGGAGGUUGGUCUGGUCUCCGUUCUCCCACUUACAUUACGUCCAACGCACAUCAGUUCUAGCUUGGUACUUUGAGUCCAAAUUAAGUAAACCUUUUAGAUAUGAAAGGACAAGAGAUAGAUGAAAGAAACAGAGGGAAGACAAAUGGUGGAGAUGUGUAUGAAAGUGGUAUUGAAAGAGAGAAAAAAUAAGGUGCAGAAGGACAAAGAUCUGCCCACUGCAUUUGCUUUCUUUAUUUCUUUCUCCUUUUUGGAUGUCUACCGAACACAUCCAUACAUGUAUCUUGACUUGGUAUACAAAUCAAAUGUGCAAUCAUAG